GCCGCCGCCGCCGCGUCCUCCCCGCCGAGCAUCCUCCGCCGCCCCCCGCUGCCGGUGCUCUGUGCUGCUGACUGCCCCUGUGGCCGCCGGUGCCCGGGCUCCUGUGCGUGUCUCCCGCACCCGUCCCCGGCAUCAGCCCCCCCGGACUCUGCAGCAGUGAGGGGGGAGUAGUCACCAGGAGGAGGGAGGACUCGUCACCAUCGUCAGUCCCCGCAGGAAGGAACAAGCAUGAAGGACCGGACCCAGGAGCUGAGGAGUGCUAAAGACAGCGAUGACGAUGAGGAGAUCGUACACGUGGACCGGGACCACUUCAUGGAUGAAUUCUUCGAGCAGGUGGAGGAGAUCCGAGGAUGCAUCGAGAAGCUCUCAGAGGAUGUGGAACAAGUCAAGAAACAGCAUAGCGCCAUCUUGGCGGCACCCAACCCUGACGAGAAAACCAAGCAAGAACUGGAGGAUCUGACGGCCGACAUCAAGAAAACGGCCAACAAAGUGCGCUCCAAGUUGAAAGCCAUUGAGCAGAGCAUCGAGCAGGAAGAAGGACUGAACCGCUCCUCAGCCGACCUGCGAAUCCGGAAAACACAGCAUUCCACUCUGUCCCGUAAAUUUGUGGAGGUGAUGACAGAAUACAAUGCAACGCAAUCUAAGUACAGAGACCGCUGCAAGGACCGCAUCCAGAGACAGCUGGAGAUCACCGGCAGAACCACAACCAACGAGGAGCUGGAAGACAUGUUGGAGAGCGGGAAGCUGGCCAUAUUCACAGAUGACAUCAAGAUGGACUCUCAGAUGACCAAACAAGCCCUGAACGAGAUUGAGACGCGACACAAUGAGAUCAUCAAGUUGGAGACCAGCAUCCGGGAGCUCCACGACAUGUUUGUAGACAUGGCUAUGCUGGUGGAGAGUCAGGGGGAGAUGAUAGAUCGCAUCGAGUAUAAUGUGGAGCACUCGGUGGACUAUGUGGAGCGGGCAGUGUCUGAUACCAAGAAAGCUGUGAAAUAUCAGAGCAAAGCACGAAGGAACAGAAACGUGGACACUCACACGCUGGCCACACCGCACGAACAUUCCAGAUAAGCCUGGUCAGAUUAAACAAUAACCUAAAGAUAACGAGCCGGAGAUAGCGAUGCCUGACACAGCCGCCCCAUAUAUCAUUGUGUAGAUUAUCACCUAUAUUACUGCAUGUACAAAGGACUGGUUUUGGGAGGAGCGUUCGGGAGGGUUAAUCAUUUACAUUUUAUAGUUCAGUAUUUAUAGCUGCACUUAUGUAAUGGGCUUCUUCUGCUUUUUUAAAUUAAUUUUAUGUAAUAAAGUUAUUACAUAACUUUAAACUCAAACCGAAAAGCCGCAGUGAGCCCUACAAGAUAACAUCUAUGCAUAGUUAGAAUGCGCCCGGAAAAGUGAAAAUUAAACAUAAGAAAAGAUACAAUUGCAGAGGUUUAUAUCCUACCGGACAAGUUAGCAUGCGGUUCCCUGUGCAGAAGCCAGGCCCGGGGCGUCCGGCAUCAUCUAUAUAAAUGCAAAUCAUUGAGCCUGACCUCUCUGAACGUAAACCGCUUUCCUAUUGGAUAUCCAAUAAACAUUUUGAACAAACUGUGUAAGGACUCAUGCACACAAACGUGUGGCGGACA